GAUGGAUUUUAUUUAUGAAGGAAAGGCGCCACUCAAAAUUCCAAAAUACGUUUAUGUUUGCGCGAAUCAUUUUUUGACUGACUGUUUUGAGAACGAGGGUCAAUUCAAAGCAGGUCUUGCUUCAAAGUUAAUCCUCAAGUCUGGAUCGUUGCCUACUGUUCGCGAUGCAACGUCACCUUCAGAAGAAGCCAGCACAUCGACACGAAGCUGUAGAACGAGGGAUAUUGGCGUGCAGACAGAAACAUCGAAGCUAUGCAGUGUUGGUACACAACUGUCAAUGAGGACGCUUCAAACACACCACAGGAGUGUCUGUGUCCAGACAGAGACAACAUUGUCAAGUUUUGAUGUUAGCACAAAAUUAGUUUCUCAUACAGCUGUUGCGUCUUCCACGCCCCUCAAGACUUCAUCAAAAAGACCUUGUCUGGACCUUGAGGAAGAUGAAGAUAUCCUGCAGGAAUGCUCUUCAAUACUAACAUCACAAGAGACUGAUGUCACAUUUAAUCCUGCAGAGGCAGACACAUCAAUAACAGAGCCAAAAGACUUGUCAGCUCAAGAAUCCAGCCCUAUUCAAAACAUUUGUAAAUAUAUUGUCUAUGAGACCUGCAUCAUGGAACUGUUUGAUGUGUGCCCGCUAUGUCAUAGAAGCUGUCAUAUAAGAUCACAAAGGAUUGGAACAUUUCUACGUGUUGAACAACUCUGCCACCAUUGUCAGUUCUCACGGAAAUGGAACAGUCAGCCGAUUUUGGGCAGUACUCCAGCUGGAAACCUUCUUCCUUUCUGCUGCUGUGUAUCUCAGUGGUGCUUCAUUUUUCACAAUUGAAAAG